AUGCAUCCCUCCUCUAGGAAACCGCUCGCUCAGCCCGAAGUCCAAGUCUAUAUCGCGUUGGCCGCCAUAUCGCCCAUCAUUUUCUUCGUGUAUCUUUCGCAAAGCAUCAUCGCCGCUCGCUUACCGCACUGGCUGAGACCUUUUGCUCAGGAGGAGCAGAAGCUGGUUGCCCCUAAACGUCGAUGGACUUUUUGGACGCUCUGUCUGAUCGGCCUGUCUGUGGCAGGACUGGUACUGUCCAUCGUCGGGCUGGUACUACAGCCAACAAGCGCUGUGAACAUUUUGAGCAUCAUUCCUUGGCUCUCCGCAACGCUGAUCACCCUUUUUCAGAGGCCGACCUCGACGCCUCGUUUACUCUUGUUCCAGUACUUCUUGCUGGCUCUGGCAGGGCUAGCCACAUACUCCGUUCGUUUUCUCGCACAUUCGUUACGCCACAUGACGCCUCUCGAGAUCUCGCAGAUCGGCAUCUGCGGCCUCGCCAUCAUCGCCAUUGGCAACAUGCCAAUCCGCAGCCCGGCCGCCGACUCAUCAGAAAUCGGACAUGGGCGAAAGGAACCCACCGUUCACCUCCGCAGUCCCGAGGACAAUCUCACACUCUUCCAGUUCUGGACGAUGAGCUGGGUCGCGUCCAUGAUCAAGAUGAGCCGCGUACGCGAUCUGGGCGUGGAAGAUGUGUGGCAGCUCCCGUACGACUACCAGCAUUCUCGCCUGUACCUCGCUUUUCGAGACCUGCAAGGCAAGUUCUUCAACCGGCUGGCCGAAGCCAAUGGUCUCGAUCUGGCCAUCUCGGCCGUACUGGCUGUACUCGAGAAGGUAUCAGAGGUGUCCAACAUCCGGCUCACAAGCAGACUGUAUGCGGCAUUGGACGCUAGCGACAUUGAUGAGGCCAUAUUCUGGUGUCUUGUCAUGCUGUGCCUGGAUGGCUUCCGACAGAUCGCCAAGACCACGUCUGACUGGUACAGUCGCAAGGCGUACGAAAGGUCGCGUGGCGAGACCUUUAUCGCGCUGUUCAGCAAGCUGAUCACCCGCCUCACAUCGGCUUCUGACAAGACAGAGCAAGCAGACGAUGACGAAAUGGACGCUACCGGCGAAGACCUUGAUGAUCACGACAAUGACACCCGCCUGAACAGACUCUUUGUCCGUUGCUGUGGGCGUCGCAAGUACCAAACGGUCAACCCAGGGCCCGCGCAGCCCAAACCACCUCAGUCAGCGUCCAAUGCCAAAGUGGUCAAUCUGGUCAGGGGCGACACAUACGAGAUCUCCCAGCGUUUCUGGGACUUUCGCCGCCUGGUGUCCCAGCCUGUCAAGGUCGUCUUCACCAUGUAUUAUCUCGUCGACAUAAUGGGCUGGCCCUCGUCUGUCGGGUUUGGUCUGAUGUUCUUCUUCAUGGGCAUCAACUCCAUUCUUGUCAAGAAGUGGAUUGGCAUGGAGCGCGAACGAAAUGCUCUGUCGGACAAGCGCGGCCAGGCUAUCCAUCAUUUUGUGGACGCUAGUCGCCCACUCAAGCUCAAUGGAUGGACUCUAUCGUGGAGUGCUCGGAUCCUGAAGGUGCGCGCCGCCGAAAUGCGCAAGCGCCUUCACAUCCAAUACAUCGGGGCAGCGAUAUCGACCCUCAACGUCAUGGGGGGCGCCUCGUACCCCUUGGCUAGCAUUUGCUUGUACACCAUGGUUCUUGGCAACGGUCUGCCCAAUGCUGUCAUCUGGCCUUCGCUGCAGCUGUUCGCUCAACUUGAAGCGAGCGUCAAGGAGGCCUUUGACCUCAUCUCGGCGUACUGGAGACUUGUCGUUCCCCUUGAACGUGUCCACCAGUAUCUCGAUGAGCCAGAUCGCGAUGUAGACGAGUUUCUGGGACAGCAAGGUGAGAGCCUGACCUUUGAGAACGCCUCAUUUGCUUGGCCAGGAUCGGGCAAGGCGGUGCUGCACGACAUCAACUUGUCUUUUCCCACUGGCCUCACUGUGAUCCGCGGACCUGUGGGCGCGGGCAAGUCAAGUCUGUUGCUGGCGGCACUCAACGAGAUGGAGAUGAAAGGAGGACACCUCCACCGUCCCGACGAACCUAUAGCAUACGCUCAGCAGCUUCCAUGGCUGCAGACCAAGACGAUCCGCGAGAACAUUGUCUUUCACGGGCGCUUCGACGCGAGUCGUUACAAUGCUGUCAUCCGCGCCUGCGCAUUGGACCAAGAUCUGAACGAUCUGCCAGGCGCAGAUGGUAUGAAACUCGAAGAGGGUGGCGCUGGUCUGUCCGGUGGCCAGAAAGCACGUGUGGCCUUGGCAAGAGCCAUGUACAGCGACGCCCGUAUCAUGCUUCUCGACGAUCCGCUGUCCGCUCUUGACCACGACACGGCCACGAACAUUGUUAAAAGGUUCAUCAAAGGGCCCCUCGGAAAGGGCCGAACCAUCGUCAUGGUCACACAUCGCGAUGAUUUGGUUCUGCGGAUUGCUGAUCAGGUCAUCGACAUUGAGGAGGGACGCGCCAAGAUCGUCUCCGCCGAGCAGAUUGAAGAAGAGCUAUUGCAUCCCAUCCACAAGGAAGUGGAAGAGUCCAAGACACUGUACGUACAACGAGCUGGUGUCGACGAAGAUUUUGCCGAAGUCAAGGAGGAGCUUCAGGACAACGUGGCCACUGGCAGCGUCCCGCUGUCGCUUUAUGCGGAUUACAUGCGCGCUGGCGGAUGGUACUUGUGGGUGAUCCUUGCCCUCUUCUAUGGCUUGUCCCGAUACUUCGACAUCUCUAGGGCGAGGUUGCUGGAAGCGUGGGGCAACGCCACGCGCUCUGACAUAGAGGUCGUCGGUAGGGGGUAUCUGGAUCUUCCAGACCCGCACACGCACUCUGGAGCGUGGUUGCUUGUCCUCGGCGGCAUCUCUCUUGGCCAGGUCGUCUGCUAUGCCGUGGCGCAGAUCUUGCUAGCCAGGAUCUGCAUCAGAGCGGCGCAGGGUCUGUUCAAAGGAGCCAUUGACAGGAUUUGUCGAGCAACGUUUCGGUAUCACGAUGUCACUCCCACAGGCCAACUGAGAAAUCGACUGACAUCGGACAUGGGCAUGGUGGACGGUGGCAUCAUCCAGCCCUUGGAGGGCUUUGUCUUUCAGUUCAUCGCGCUGUGCCUCAGCCUGAUUGCCAUCAUGUCGCACCAGCCAGCUCUUCUCGUCAUUCUCCUUGCCGUGGCCGUGCUUUUCAUGUACUUCUUCCGAUUGUACGUGCCGAUCUCGCGGUGCUUGCGACGCAUGGAAAUGGCCUGCCUGACGCCCAUCAUCUCCAACAUUGGUAUCAUGCAACACGGCCUGGUGACGAUUCGCGCCUUUCGCUUGGAGCAUCGCUUCCAGGACAAGCACCUGGAGGCCGUGGAUGAAUUCCAGAAACAGGACCACUUCUUCUGGAGUAUGGCCUUUUGGCUCGACUUUCGCCUCAGCAUCUCGUCGGCCACCACACGCACAGCGCUCAUUCUGUUCAUGAUCUGGUAUGGCACGCCAGCCAGCGCGGUUGGCUUUGUCCUGACGCAAACGAACGUGGCCAUGGCAGCUGUGCAACAGCUUUGUGAGAAGUUUGCGCAGCUCCAGCUGGAUGCCGUGUCCCUGGAGCGCGUCAACAUGCUCAACAAGAUUCCGCAAGAACCACGAGGCUCGGAGAGACCACCCCAAGACUGGCCCAGGCCGAAGGACGGGAUCAGAUUCGAGAAGAUGUCGUUCCAGUACGACGAGGGCCUGCCCACCGUGCUCGACGAGGUGACCUUUGAGAUUCCAGGGGGGUCGACGUGCGCCGUACUCGGGCGUACUGGGUCGGGCAAGUCGACGAUUGCCAACGCGCUACUCGUCACGCAGGCCGCUUCGCAGGGCAGGGUGAUGAUUGGAGGCGUCGAUCUUGCACAGGUUGACCGUUUAGCGCUCCGCAGCCAGGUAACAUAUGUGCAGCAGGACCCCAUCCUGUUCCCCGGAAGCCUGCGCGCCAAUCUGGAUCCGGAGGGGAAGUACUCGGAUGCCGAAUGUCAGAACGCGCUCAAUCUCGUCCUGGGCCCCGGCUGGAGCAUCGACAUGGAGAUCGACGCCAAUGGUAACAACUUAAGCCAAGGUCAACGGCAACUGAUCAGCAUUGGGCGGGCUGUGCUCAGACGCAGCGGGCUUGUCAUCUUGGACGAGGCAACGGCUUCCAUCGACCGACCCACCGCUGCGCGGGUGCAGCGCAUCCUCCGAGAGGAACUGACGGAGAGCACGGUGAUUACGAUUGCCCAUCGCCUCGAGGCUGUUGCGGAUGCCAACUGGUGCCUGCGGUUGGAUAAAGGCAAGGUCGUCGAAUGCGGGCCAGCGAAUGGCUCGGAUAUCUCUGCUGGAUCAAGUGCUGAUUCAGGGUCGGCGAGUAGCUCGACGCCUCGGGGGGAUACCGAGCUGUGA